CCCCACCCACUCAGCCUGUUUUUAAAACUCUCUGGUAGUUAGCCACGGGAGAAAAAUCGAGUUUUCUUAUAUUUUUAGCAUAUAUUUCAGUCACAAACGUCUAUUUUACAAUGGGAAUCCGAAUGACUGAUCAGGACCUUUAAACUCCUCCCAGUUGUUUAUUUUUUUUACGGAAACGGGCGGGGUGGUGCACAGGUACGGUGAAAUCUCGAAGCUAGCUCUCGUCUGGCGGAGUUAUUACUUUUUCAGUAAACAAUUAUGGCGGCCGCGGAUCCCUGGUCCUCGAGUGACGACGGGCCCGCAAGUAGAGGAGGGUUCCCGGAUGGUGAGAACAGCAACGAGCGCGAUGGCCCGGGAGGAAGCGGCGGAGAGGCAGAACGCAAGUCAGAUCGGGCCACAUUCGAGUGCAACAUUUGUUUGGACACAGCAAGGGACGCUGUCAUCAGUUUGUGCGGGCACUUGUUCUGCUGGCCCUGCCUUCAUCAAUGGUUGGAGACGCGGCCCAGCCAACAGCAGUGUCCUGUGUGUAAAGCAGGCAUCAGCAGAGAGAAAGUCAUCCCCCUCUACGGCAGAGGAAGCUCCAGCCAAGAGGACCCCAGGUUGAAAACUCCGCCUCGUCCUCCGGGACAGAGAACAGAGCCAGAGAGCAGAGGGACCUUCCAGGGGUUUGGGGACAAUGGCUUCCACAUGUCCUUUGGGAUCGGUGCUUUCCCUUUCGGCUUCUUCACCACAGUCUUCAACACCAACGACCCCUACCACAGAGCAGACGCAUAUGCAGCCGAUCACCAAGGCAACGGCAACAACUGGCAGGACUCUCUCUUCCUGUUUGUGGCCAUCUUCUUCUUCUUCUGGCUGCUGAGUGUGUAAGGGAGAGGGAGGGAAAGGAAAGGUGCCCACACUCAUACACACGUCAAAACACCAGGAACGACSGACUUACUCAAUAGUGGCCGAGUGUCUGUGGGUUUUUGCUCUUCCUUUGUACUUGAUUGAUGGAUUAAGGUCACUAAUUAGGAAAUAACUCCCCUCACCUGCUGCCUAGGUCUUUAUUUAAAG